AUGUCCUAUGAGGAGCAGAUACAGUUUCUCUGGAAGAUCGAGAAGUCCCACCUCUUCCUCCAGAAGACUCUGAAGCUUUCCUCGGCCCUCGCCUUCACCGACGAAGUCAUCAGAGGCUUCGAGGAAGAGAUGCGGGAGGAGGAGGCGGAGUCAGGCCUCUGCUGGCUCGACGAGACCGGUUGUAUCCUCUGGUCCAACCACCGGUUCUCCCUCCUCACCGGCUACAGUGCGAGGGAGGCGAAGGGCUGCCAGUGGCUCAGCUUCCUGUGCGGGCCCAAGACGGACGAGCAGGAGCAGGAGCGCAUGCUGACCUCUCUUCGCUCCUUCCAGUUCGCGUCCGUCUGCCUCGAGUGCUACCACGAGACCGGUCGCGUCCUCUGGCUUCAGAUCAGCCAGCAGCCUGCCAUGCUGUCGCUGGGGCCUGCAGGCUCGGAGAUGAGCAAGAGCUUCAUCCUGGUGGUAGAGGACGCGGAAACGCUCUUCAACAUCUUCUUCAGCUCCUCCUCCUCCUCAUCAUCAUCAUCAUCAUCCUCGUGCAGCUACGACGGCAUGGACGAGCGGACGCGAUCGACAGCCAUGGAGUUGACCAGGAUGCAGCAAACCUCGAUCUUUGCCGGGCUGAAUGCGCUUGCGCGGGUGAACCAGCGGCAGGAGGAGAGGAGGAGGACAAGGGGGGUGAGGCAGACGAGAAGGAACAUACAGCGGGAGAGGGGAAGGAAGAUCCUUCAGUGGGCCAUCGAGGGAUCGGACAAGGGAAAGCUGCACGCUAAGACCAAGAUCAGGAGCGCGAGCGCUGAGCCGUCGCUGCUGCGGGCGAGGAAGCAGGAGAGCGAGAUCGUGCUGCUGACGGAGGAGGAUAUGGCGCUAGUGAUCGAGUCCGGCCUCCUGUGGCAGCUGCGACACAACAACAUCCUCCGCGACUGGGUGUGGGAGAGCAACGGCUCUCUCCGCUUCCGCCUGGAACGGAACAGCUCCCCUUCUCCUCCUCCCUCCUCCUCUUCCUCCUCCUCACGCAGCGUGAGGAGGAGGGUCGAGCGGGGGCUGCCGGAGGACUUGGAUCGCAUCUUCAGGGAGGACGACGUUCACUGGCACUCGGUGGGACCUCAGAGCUGGUGGAUGGACCUGCUGCACUUCAUGCUGCCCUACCGGCCCAACCAUCUUCCUCGCCUUGCCGAAGCUCUGCUGGGCUACUCGUCCGACCUGUCCUGGCUCUCCAUGCUAGUCAACUCGGGCAAGACAAGCUGA